AUGCUUUUUAUUACCUUUACUACAGCGGUACAAACUAAUGAUGAUUUGAGUAUCGUACGUGAAAAUGUUCGAAAAAUAAUGCUAUGGCCUUCACCAGAUCAAUUGUCUUCUGUUAUAACACAAGCCAUGGCUAAUUUAAGUUCAUUGAAUUUCGAUACUUGUCAAUGGCCUGAUCUAAAUUAUACUACACGUGGUCCAGAAAACUGGGAUCCAGUUUUACAUAUGUUUCGUAUCGCAACGAUGACUUCAGCAUUGACCGCUCCUGGUGGGUUAAUAAACAAUACGAAAUUAUCAUUAGGCAUCCAUUGUGCUUUAAAAGUAUGGAUCGAACAAGACUGGCAAAAUCCAAAUUGGUGGUGGAAUUAUAUUCAAGAUCCAUUAAUUGCUACAGGUAUAAUGUUGAUGUUAGGUGUAGAACGAAUGACUAAAUAUGAAAUUGAUGCAAUUGUUAAUAUGUCUUAUCGUGCAAAUUGGUGGAUCAAAGAUUGGGGAGGUGGUGCGAAUUUAGUUUGGGAAUUACAAAUUCAAUUAUAUCGUGGACUUGCAACAUCAAAUUAUUCAGCAGUUGAACAAGGUUUCGAACUCAUGUGGCAAACUGUACAAAUACAAAAUCUUUCAACUAUGGGUAUACAAAGUGAUUGGUCAUAUCAUUUUCAUGGUUCACAAUUACUUCCUGCAGCAUAUGGUGAUGCUUGGGCUACAAAUAUUUUACAUUUUCAUAUGGCAACACGUGGUACACAAUAUGCUUUAUCUAAAGAUCGUAUUGAAACUUUUGGUCGUUUUUUAACUCGAAGUGAUGCAUGGUUUACUAUGGGAAGUGUUUGGACAUGGGCUCUUAUUGGACGUGUCAUUGAUCGUGGAGUUCAUGUUUGGUAUACACAUUUAUUUCCAUCGGAUCAAUUACGUGAAUUAGCAAUGGAUAUGACUGAUAAUUCUACUGCUAUCGCAUUCUGUGAUUAUGCUGAUCGACUUGAACAUCGUCAUGAUGCAACACCUCUAAUAGGAAAUCGUCAUUUUUAUACUAGUGACUUUCAAGUACAUCGAAGAGUUAAUUGGACAGCUGCUUUAAAGAUGCAUUCUGCUCGAGUAAUUGCAUCUGAAUGUGAUAAUAAUGAAAAUUUAAAAGGUGAGCAUAUAGGUGAUGGUGUACUGAAUCUGUAUACUCGUGAUGCUCAAUAUGGUGGUGGUGAAGAAUAUGAAAAUAUAUUUGCUUUACUUGAUUGGCAAGCUAUUAACGGUAUUACAGUUGAAGCUGAUACACCAUUAAAUCAUUGUGAUAGAGGCGCACUUCCUAUGUUAAAUACAACAUUUGUUGGUGGUGUUAGUGAUUCGAUGUAUGGGGCAGCAAUAAUGGAUACUUUAACACACAAUUUGACGGCUAAACGUACAUGGCAUUUUUAUGAUACCUAUAUCAUAGCAUUAGCUAAUGGUAUUGAAGAUAAUACUACUGCAUUAUUACAAACAGCUCUAGUUAGUAGAUUAUUACCUGCAGCUAAUACGAUAAGUGGUAUAUUAACUUUACAAUGGAGUAAUGGAACAAGAAUGGUAUUGCCCGAUGGUGUUUACUCAUUUUCAUAUAAUCAACCACGUAUAUUAUGGUUUCAUGCAGAUGGUACAGCAUGGUCAGUUUUAGAAGAAUAUGAAACACUCAUCAUUGACUGUCGUAAUAAAUCUGGUAAUGUUAAUCAAUUCGGUCCAUGGAAUUUUGAAAUGGUAGGACGUUUACUUACAGCUAUUAUCAUACAUGGUAGAGGACCCACAAUUAACCCACUACAUUAUCGAUACAUGAUUAUGCCUAAUGUAACUGUAGAAGAUAUGACAAGAUUAUGGGAACGUUAUUUGUCUAUAGGAAAUAGUGCACAUGCUUUAACAUAUUUGCAAAAUAAGAAUAAUGAACCAUUAUAUCUUCAUGGUACUUGUGAUCCAUUUCUUCAACGAGCUUCAGUUUUAUUAUUUGAUAAAGGUUUUACUAAUAGUAGUAUUGCAUAUUAUAAUUGUAGUAGUAUGUCAUUAAGUAUUUAUAUGGAACAACCAGGUGCUAUUUUAUUUAGUGAAAAUUCCAAUAGUUUUACGAUUACAGCAGCACAUCCUACAAUAGCAAUAGGUACAUUUAUCGUCCAUGUCAAUCGAUCUAGUAUUGUAUCACAUGAAUGUACAAAUAGCAAUCAUUGGGAUUUACGAAGUGGUACAAGAGUAUUAAUUCCUUUACCUGGUAACAAUCAAUUACUUGGUAAAAGUGUAUCGAUCACAUGUAAAAAAAACAAUAUAGCUUAG